UUUCCAUUCGCAGUCUCAACAAUGUUGUCUACAAAUUACUGCUCCCAGAACACCUGGGAGUCGUAGAGCACGCCAUCUCCCGCAGGUGCAAGAUAACACACACACACACAUUCAGUUAUAUAUGUACAUAUAUAAUACGUAACAUGUAAACAUGCGAGGGGUAACUGGGCGCACUUGACGAUCGCCCAGUUGGUUUGUGUCGUCAAUUAGGAAGAGUCGGCUGAAGCUGUUGGUGUGAUCAUUCACAGGCACUCCAGAACGGUGUGUUACAACGCGAAUUGACUAAGUGGCUGUUCACUCGUCAUAACUCCAGUGCUGUACCCGCCUCAGAGCUGGGUACAGGAGGUUACAGUCUCCUCCAUGUUCUUCUUCCUCUACCGCCGCGGUCUGACCUGCUCGGUCUUGGCCGGUAUGGCGUUCCUGUGUGUGUGGUGCGUUCUCUUCCAGUCCAACUUCACCCAAUUCCUGAACGCAAGAUCUUCUCCUAAACCUUGUGGCAUCAGAUGUUCCGGGAACGACGCACUCUUCCUCAUCAACACUCCAGGCUGCUCCAUUCCAAACUUUCCCCUGCACGAGAUCAACGUUUACAGGCGUUCGUUACCCACGAUGCCCGCGUGUUCCCUCCAGCCUCAGCUCACAGAAGGACGAGACCUGUACCUUGUGUUCUACAAGGACCGGAUCACCCACUACAACCUGACCAUCGAUGCCGUGAACUGCACUUACCAGAGCAUCGGGCAGAAAUACAGACGACCCGUGCUUCAAGAGAUCGUUGUCAUAGUGGAGGAAAAGACUCUAAUAGUAGAGGAAGGAAUCCUGGUGUACUGUGUCAACACGACCCUCCGUAACAACACCGUUUUCUACAGAAAUGUCCACUUUUUUGUGCAGCCAAGAACGGGCAGGAAGAAGAGAGACAUGUUCAAGGAGAAGUUUGGAAGCCGGAGUGAUCACCCGGAGAAGCUGAGUGUGUUGGUGCUGGGCACGGACGCCGUGUCUCGCUACAACGCCAUCCGCCACAUGCCCAACACCUACCACUACGUCACGGAGCAGCUCGGAGCCCUCGACUUUCGUGGCUACAACAAAAUAGGUGAAAAUACCUUACCAAACGCGUAUGCAAUAAUGUUUGGCCAUACCGAUGUAGAGAUCAGUGCGCACGCAUGUUUACCGAGGAAUCAAUAUCUGGAUAAUUGUCCGAUAAUAUGGAAAGAUUUUGAUAAUGAAGGAUAUCUAACAGCCUUCGGUGAGGACGUAGCUCCGAGAGGAAUUUUUGACUACACACAUAAUGGUUUUGUAGAUAAUUAUGUUGAUUUGUCCCCUCGAAAUGCAUUUGUGGGUGCUGGUUGGAUUGCGCACGGUGUUCAAGGUUUCUCUACUACUUAUGGCUUGUGUGUGGGACAACAACUGAAAAUAUCUUUAAUCCACAACUACUCGUUGGCCGUAGCCGAGGAGUUCCAGGACGUGCCUUAUUUUGGAUUUUACUGGAGUUCAACUGUGACUCAUGACUCACUCACGAUGCCAAGGGUCGUCGACGAUCACUUACUGAGGUUGAUGACUCAGUUCCAGGACAAUGGCUAUCUCAACCACACCGUCGUCCUCCUCGUCAGCGACCAUGGCCUCCGCUAUGGUCCCUUCCGUCAUACAUACAUGGGCCAGAUAGAGGAGAGAUUGCCCUUCUUGUUCGCUGUCUUCCCUCCGUGGUUCAAGAAGGUCUACCCUGUGGCCUGGAAGAACCUGGUCACCAACACCAGGAGACUGACCUCCAACCUGGACAUCCACGAGACACUUCACAGUCUGGCCUCGGGGGACUUCGCCACCAACACAAAACGACCCACGGAGCCUGGAAGAGGACAGAGCUUGUUCGAAGAGGUUCCGAACACUCGCAGCUGUUCCGACGUAAACAUUUCGGAAUUCUUCUGUACAUGUGAAGUGUCCAUGGCAAUAAGUCUUGACGACCUAACUGUCGUCGCGGCGGCCGAGGUGGCGACUUGGGAAAUAAACUUAAGCCUGAAAAAGUUUCCAGACUGUGUGCCUCUGAGGUUAGAUAAGGUCCUGAGAGCUCGACUGGUGAUCCCCAGCAAAGCCACUCAACCGUAUUACAAGGAACACAAAGUGUCAACUUAUAUCUUGGAAUUUCAGACUCAACCAGGCGGGGCGAUGCUGGAGGCGAUGGUGAGGAAGCAGUACAAGAAGUUCACGCUGGUGGGCGAGGCGCUGAGGACCAACAGGUACGGCGACCAGAGCCACUGUAUCAACCACUCUACCCUCAGGAAGUACUGCUUCUGUAAAGACCUUCUCCAGCCACAAGACAUCGGCCACAACGCCACCCUCGCCUACACCAGGAACAAUGCCAGUCAUGCUGGUUAAGCUUCUCCAUUCCAACAUUAACAUCCACCUUCUCAAACCACACAAAGGCAGCUAAAUUGUUCAGCAACAAAAAAAGAAUGCUCUCUUCUGUAGACGAGGAGUCACAAUAACGUGGCUGAAAUUUG